CUGCCACAAAACGAAACCAUCGGAUACCUUCAGUAGCGGUGAGCGAAUAUUGUCUGCUUUGAGACGUCUAUCUAUUACAACUCCCACAUAUUUUGACGGUUCACUUUGCUAGGUUAUGUAACCGGACAUGUCUACCGCAAAUCUGGAAUACUCAGUAGACGCUGAAAUCACCACCUUUUUCACCAAGACCUCCGCCACCCGAGCCCAAUGUGAUUCCCGAGCGGCGGAACUCGCGGGGGACGGUACCGUCGUUCCGGUCAAGGUCCAGGGCGUCUGUAGUUACUCCGUGUAUGCCGGGCGGGACCAGGAGUACGUCGUACAGUUCCGGCUCCGGUCUCUGGAGCUUAAGAUGGAGACUGCGGUGUUGGCGCGGGAGGUUUAUGGGGAGUUGACGCCGACGGUUUCGUUUGAAGGGCAGAUGGGGGCGGAUGGGGAUGGGAAUGGGAAGGAAGGGCUUUGUGUGUACUUGAUGAGUCGGGUCCGGGGGGUUACGCAUUUGGAUUUUAUCCUGGCGUAUGAUGGACCUGAUAAUUCGCAGGAGUGGUUUGGUUGGCGGAGGAAUUUGAUGGUGGGUGUUGCGCGGUUCUUCGCUCUCUCGUGGAACGCCCCUCAGCAGGUCAGUCCAGAGGAUCGCGAGAAGCUUCGCGGGACAUACGUCAGUGAGUUACGGCUGCUAUACUCUGCACUUCCGGAUCGCUUCCGCCCUAUUAUCCAGAACUGCAUCGAUUCGAUAGAUACCAUUCUAUCCCUGCCUAUGGUGCUCUUACACCGCGACUUCGGCACGUGCAAUAUUAUAGUCGACGAGACAUCGUGUCAUCUCGUCGGCGUCGUCGAUUGGGCUGAAGCUGAGAUAUGUCCCUUCGGACUAAAUCUUCAUUCUCUCGAGGCUUUAACGGGGAAACUUCGUCUUCGAGACGGCUGGAGCCGAUACGAGGAUCAUGCCACUUUACAGGAUGUGUUCUGGAGCACGUUCGUGCAGCAAGUUGGAGGAGUGGACGAAGAUACCGUCCAAACUAUCAAACUUGCACGGAUCACGGGCCUGUUGCUUUCUGCCGGCUUCACUAGCCGUCUUGCGAACGGGCCUGCUCUAGUGCCUAUAUGUGAUGAUGAAAUUGGACGGUAUAAGAUGUUAUCCCUAGAUGGGUUUCUUAUUAAUCUAGAGACGAGGUUUAAGAUCGAUCUACUGUAACUACCUAUACCUAGCUAAUCUAUAUGAUAAUAG